UGUCUUCGCUAAGAAAGGAUUUUAAGUAUACUUAAUUUGUUCCUUAAUUUUCAGCAGAAGAAAGGAAUGGGUGGUGGAGAUACCCACCACACUGCGAUUCGAGACAUGAGCUUUGUCCAAAGCCUCCUCAGACACCUUGUCGGUUUGAAAGGCUGGGAUUAUGGUGUCUUUUGGAAAUUGGCUGAAGACCAAAGGUUUAUCGACUUGAUGGGUUGUUGUUGCGGUGGAACUCAGAACACCCAAAAUGGAGGAGAAGAGCUUCUCUUUCAUGGCUCUCCCGUCCAUUCUUGCAGGGAUAUUAUGUUUCAGCAUCCAAGAACUAAAGCUUGUGAUCUUCUCGUCCAGUUGCCUUCUUCCUUGCCUUUAGACCCUGGAAUUUAUGCAGACACCAUACUAUCGAACCAAUCCAGAUGGAUGAACGUUUCAAACAGUUCCAGUUCCAGUUCCAGUUCAAAUGCUUCUGAUGAACCGAUAUGGACAAAGGUUUUGAUUCCAGUGACUGGUGGACUUAUAGAGCUGUUCGUUGCAGAACAGGUACCAGAGGAUCAAGAAUUCAUACAUUUCGUAAUGGCUCAAUGCAACUUUCCAUGGGAGCAGACAUUGAUUCUUGAAGGAGAGCUCCGUAACCCUGCCAUGGCCGAUGAUGAUGGUGGCUUCAUCGAUCAGCAAUCAUCGAAAUUAUUCCAUUCUAAUGGGUUUUCUCCCAGGGACUCUGUCAAUAAUUUCGCUCCAUUGGUUUCCCCAACAGGCAUGACUGAUAAUUUGAAUUUACCAUGGGAAUUCCCUGCGGAACAGAUUCGCCUUUGUAAUUCUCCGAUGAGCUUCUUCGGUGGAGGAUCGGGGCGACAACAUCUACCUUCGGAUAAUAGACCAAGGGAUGAUAUCUUCUUCGAAGGUUCCAUGGAAAAUGGGUUUCAAGAUAUUAACGUUACUCUGCAACAGUCCUUAGUGACCAGUGUUACUGACUCGCAUCCACCGAUUCAAGAUUUUUCAGUGAAUAAGGAAGCUGCACAUGAUAAGGAUACGAUCGAACCAGAGACUGGUCAUGCGAAUUCGGUCUCAGAUUGUAGCGAUCAGAUCGAAGAAGGUGAAGAAAAGGGGAGACGUCACCAAUCCAAAAAUCUGGACGCUGAGAGGAAGAGGAGAAAGAAGCUCAAUGAUAGGCUCUACGCUCUGCGUGCUCUGGUUCCGAAGAUUAGCAAGAUGGAUAGAGCGUCAAUUCUGGGAGACGCAAUUGAAUUUGUGAAAGAGUUGCAGAAAAAAGUGAAGGAUCUUCAAGAUGAGCUUGAGGAGCCAAUGGAAGAAGACGGUAACAAUAAUUUAGAGGCAUCACAUCAAAAUGGACCAAAACAUGAACUUGAUGAGUCUAUGAACAAGUCCACAUUGGGGAUGAUUAAUGAUCAUGGAACCCGAUGUUCUUCGAGUGUGAAGAUGAAUGAUCACUCUGUAAUUACAGAUGAUAAAGCACCAAAGAUGGAGCCUCUUGUAGAAGUGACCCAUAUAGGUGCAAAAGAGUUCUUCCUUAGGGUCUUCUGCGAGCAAAAACCAGGCGGGUUUGUGAAGUUGAUGGAAGCCAUGAAUGCUAUGGGACUAGAAGUGAUAAACGUGAACGUUAUCACCUUCAGAAAACUGGUCUUGAACAUCUUCAAAGUGGAGAAGAGGGAUAAUGAGAUGGUGCAAGCAGAGCAUGUGAGAGAGUCGUUGCUGGAGAUAACACGUAACCCAAUUGGAGAUUGGCCAGAGAGACCGUAGCUGCAUCAGAGAAUGGUGGUGCUGUGGAGAAUCACCACCACCACCACCA